CUGAAUCCUGAUAUGGGCAAUGAUUGUGAAGCUGAAAUGUCUAGAUGAUGACUCACCAGCCUGCAAAAGACACGAUUUUCUGUAUCUUCAAAAGGAACGUGACUAUCUUCUCAGUAAUGCAACGAAGCCUAUUGAGCGUACCAUGGUUGAUGCAGUUGGGGAAAGGGACUGAUGAGUCGCAACACCCUAUUAGCGCGAAAUCUUGGCGGCGCACCGCACACAUUGAAUUGCCCCACCGGCCGCCGCCACUUCUCACUUUCUGUAUCAUAAGGGAUCCCGACUACCUACCUACCCGACACCCCCAACAACACAACCACAACCGCAAAUAUGUCCAAGACUGCAGGCCGCACCGACUGGGCGGAAGAAGAGGACGAGGAGUCCUCCCUCACCUCCCUCCCUCCCCAACAAGUCAUCAAGAACAAAGACGGAACCGAAACCGUCAUCUCCUACCGCAUCGGCGAAGACGGCAGGAAAUACAAGACAACACGGCGCAUUAAGAAGACCGUCGUAAAGCAAAUCGUAAACCCACGCGUCGCCGAACGAAAGCAAUGGGCGAAAUUCGGACAAGAAAAGGGCAAGCCCGCAGGCCCACAAACAGACACCGUCUCGGUCGCCGAAAACAUCGCCUUCCGCCCCGUCUCCAACUGGAAAGCCAGCAGCGAAGAUAAGGGCGACGAAGCGAAGAAGAAGGCCGAACUCAAGAACGCAAAGAUCAAGUGCCGUAUCUGCCAAGGCGACCAUUUCACCACAAAAUGUCCCUUCAAAGACACCAUGGCCCCCGAAGGCGACGUCGCCCCCGCAGAAAUGCCCGACGACGCGCCCGGCGGCGCAGGAGGCAGUCUGGGCACUGGCUCUGGCGGCUACGUUCCUCCUCAUCUGCGUGGCCGUGCUGGCGCAGGCGAGAAGAUGGGCGGCAAAUUCGACCGCGACGAUAGCGCUACCCUGCGUGUUACCAACGUGUCUGAAUUCGCGGAGGAACAGGACCUGCGCGAUAUGUUCUCCAAGUAUGGUCAUGUUACUCGUGUUUUCCUUGCCAAGGAUAGGGAGACUGGACGGGCCAAGGGCUUUGCGUUUGUUAGUUAUGCGGAUCGGAGCGAUGCUGCAAAGGCGUGUGAGAAGAUGGAUGGAUUCGGUUUCGGGCAUCUUAUCCUGCGUGUCGAAUUCGCUAAGAAGGCUUAAGCUCGAGUUGAUGGGAAAGACAUUUGUGAUGGUGACAUGAUCAUUGCAAUUUGGCGUUCU